AUGUAUAGCUCACGCCUGCUUCGUUGUGGAAGGUCACGUACUACGAAUCUGUAUGCACGAGCCUCCCACGUCCCUCGGCUACGCCGCCUUUCUACUCCUACUUCAGAGAAGGCCACAUCGCAGCAGACUUCUCGAGCACCAACUGUGUUGACGCUCACUGCUGUUACCGGCGUCGUUGCUGCGUACUUUCUCUGGCCUUCAAAAUCUCGCUCGGCACCUACAUCUAGCGGCACUCCCAUCUCUGCAUCACAUUUUACGCCAGUCACCCUCACCGCCACCGAGUCUGCUGGUCCAAAUGCAAAAAUUAUCGUCUUGAACAUCCCCCGCACAUCGCUUCCUCGGUCGUCGGAUGCUACCUUGCUCAACCCCAUUUGGUCGAUCUUCAUCAAAGAUGACGAUAUCCAAGUGGAACGCCCUUAUACUCCACUCGAGGGCAUUGAUGAGAAUGGGAACAUGAGAUUUUGGAUUAAGAAGUAUCCUAGAGGUGAAGUAGGAAAGUGGCUGCAUUCUAAACGCGUCGGCGACACUGUCGAAAUUCGAGGCCCGUUGACUACUUUCCGCCACCUCCGUGAAACAUUUGAUGAGGUGGUUAUGAUAUCAGGCGGAACCGGCUUCUCGCCCUUCUAUCAAUUGUUGCACUACGAGCUCCUCCGGGACUCUGCCAAACCAUCCCAUACGCGGUUUACACUGUUGCACUCCUCGAAAAUCCCUGCAGAACUUCCACCACCGGAACUGCUACAACCUCUCCUUGACGUAGCCAAAGAACAUCCAGAACGUCUUCGGAUCGGCCUCUUCGUCGAUUCGAUGGAGGGGCAGAUAGCACCGGCAUACGAUCUUCAAGUCACUCAGAUCAACAAGAGUGGCAUCGAACGCUUUCUUGGACAAUCGUCCGACUCGUCCGCUGGUCCGUGGUGGAAGCGAUUCCUUUGGGGCUAUCCUGUCAAGGAAAACAACUUCCAACAGAAGAAUGUUGUAGUUCUUGUGUGUGGACCAGAACCAAUGAUUACAGCGAUCGCUGGCCCGUACGGUCGUAAUUACUCGCAGGGCGCGGUGGGUGGUGUAUUGGCUGAGCUGGGAUUUAAACCGGGGCAGGUCUGGAAGUUUUGAUAUACCAUGUCAUCGACACUUUUUUCC